AUCAGUCUGUCCUGACUCAGCUCAACAGUCUCCAGUCUACCAACUGGUCUCUGUUAUAACUAUUUAAAUCAGUCUGUCCUGACUCAGCUCAACAGUCUCCAGUCUACCAACUGGUCUCUGUUAUAACUAUUUAAAUCAGUCUGUCCUGACUCAGAUCAGCAGUCUCCAGUCUACCAACUGGUCUCUGUAACUUCAUCUUUGUCUCUGUGGUGUACAGUCUUCAGGUGAUGAUGGGGAUAUUGAAUCAUCUCUCUACUCUCCUCCUUCUCUCUCUCCUUCCUCCUGCUCUCUCUCAUGUAGUGGAGAACUUCACUGAUGUUCCAGACUGUGAGAAUUUCUUCCUGGAGGGGACAACUCCAAAUCUCCCAGGUAUUUUGGUUGAUGGGACCGUCAAGAACGAGGGCCGCUACAAGCCGAUCUGCCAGUUGUUCAACACAAUCUACAGGUUUGCAACUCUCUACGACACAUUCAACAGGAUCCCUGUGUUCUCAGCCUACACCUUCACUGGUUAUAUAACGGGUCGACCAGAUGAUCCCUGGAUGAUCGAGCCCCAGCUCGAAGAGGAAAAGGAAGGGGAAAAGAACAGCCCUGAAAUGCAGAAAAUUGGAGGAGUCCAGUACAAAAACCAGGCUGGGAACAACGACUAUGGUAAAUUAAAACGAAAAAAUGAUAACGAUGUGAACAGAGGUCACCUCUUCCCAAAUUCACAUGCUCGUGACCUGGAAACUCAGAAGUCCACCUUUACCCUGACCAACAUCGUUCCCCAGGACAUCACCUUCAACGGGGGCAGCUGGAAUGAUAUGGAGGGAAAUGUCAGAGGAAAGCUGAUGAAAGACUGUAUUAAUAACAACGGGAAGAUAGAAGCCUAUGUGGUGACUGGAGCGGUGCCCAGUAAGAGCAACAAACUGAACAACCGAGUGAACAUCCCACAGCUCCUGUGGACAGCCUACUGCUGUUACAACAAGAAGAUGAACAAGAAGAAAAAGUGGAUGGCCGGAGCACACUGGGGGUGGAACAAGAAGGUAAAGAGGAAAACAUUGGAUCAACAAACCUUGGGAGAACUCGAAAAGGAGUUGAACAAACAUCACCAAGGUAAAGAUGGUCCUGUCAAGGUGUUCCCAAAAAAGUGUCCAAGAGAUCCUUAACCUACCACUUCCUCCUAACCCAGUUGAAAGAAUUUAUUCCGUAGUGAGGAAUCUUUACAAUUCCAUGAAAAAAAGUUCUGGAAGGAUCUUUGGAUGAUCUGGGUACAGAUGCUCACACCAUAUCAACAAACUAUCAUUACUGUUAGACUAAUGAUUAUUAGGGUUAAAUUGGUAGUGAGGGUUGUAAUGGCAACGAGGGUUAUAAUGGUAAUGAGGGUUAUAAUGGUAAUGAGGAUUAUAAUGGUAAUGAGGGUUAUAAUGGUAGUGAGGGUUGUAAUGGUAAUGAGGGUUAUAAUGGUAGUGAGGGUUGUAAUGGUAGUGAGGGUUGUAAUGGUAAUGAGGGUUAUAAUGAUAACGAGGGUUAUAAUGAUAACGAGGGUUGUAAUGGUAACGAGGGUUAUAAUGAUAACGAGGGUUGUAAUGGUA